AUGCCUUAUUGUAUGACGGUGGAAGCAGUUAAAAACCUGAUUGAAGAAGCUGAAGAGAAAUUAAUCGAACAUGAUUAUGUCGGAUCCGUAGAAUUUUAUCAGAAAACAUUUCAAAAUAGAUCUGCACAUGCUGCAGGAAAAUUGGGUGUAAUAUAUCAUGGUGGACUUAACAGGACAAUUAGUGCUGAUCAUAUUACCGCGUCAGCCUACUAUUUUCUAGCAUUGAAACUUAUCAACACGAUACCAUCAAAUAGAUGGGAUAUGAAUUUGUUGCUUGAAGUUAUUGGUGGCAUUUCGGAAAUCUAUCGAUUUCAAAUGGAUCGUUCGAAGGAAUUUGACAUUUGGCAAACUGGAGUAAAAGCAAUGCGACGCAUUGAUCAAACAUUACAAGAUCCAAUUUUUUGUCUGUAUCAGAAGCAACAACAAUCACAUGUGCAUUCUUAUUUGUCAACAACUAAAGACGACUAUGAGAAUAAAAUCAAGGCUAUACACAUAGAUAUAAAUUAUUGUUUGGGAUUAAUCUGA